AUGCCACGAUCGUGGACUGAUAUUGUCGCUGAGAAGCGCGCAAUACGCGAUGAGAAACUCACAAAGUGCUACGGUGAAAAUGUACCCUCUGAUCCUCGCAUCAUCGCUGCCAAAGACAUCCAAGCCUUGACAAAGCUACUAGAAGCCCGGAACGUUACAGCCGAGGCCGUUGUCCUUGCUCACAUAGCCAAAGCCAAAGAAGCCCAUCAGAGAACAAACUGUCUAACAGAAAUAUGCUUCGAUGAGGCCCUGGAGCAUGCCAGGGAGCUCGAUGCGUUUCAACAGGAACAUGGGCGGCUGAAAGGUCCCCUCCAUGGUGUCCCGGUUUCACUCAAAGACCAAUUUAAUCUCAAGGGCCUCGAUUCAACACUAGGCUAUGUUGGCCGCGCUUUCCAUCCCGCUGCCUCGGAUUGUGUCUUGGUCAAGGUGCUUAAACAGCUUGGCGCUGUCAUUUUGGCCAAAACAAAUCUGCCGCAGUGUAUUCUGUGGGGAGAAACAGAUAAUCCACUUUGGGGCCUGACCACACACCCAAUGAACCCCGAGUAUACCCCAGGUGGCUCCUCUGGAGGCGAGGGUACUCUCCUGGCGCUCAAUGGCUCAAUGCUAGGUUGGGGAACAGAUAUUGGCGGUUCUAUCCGCGUUCCGUCUCACAUGAACGGUUUAUGGGGCUUUAAACCAAGCAGUGGAAGGUUUUCCUACGAAGCCGUGGCGGUCUCCCAGGAUGGACAACAACAGAUACCCUCGGUCGUUGGCCCUAUGGCAAGAACCCUAAGCACUAUUACAUUGGCUUCGAAAGCCAUGAUAGAAGCUGAGUGUUGGAGACUUGAUCCUCAGCUGCCUCCUAUGCCAUGGAGAAAAGACGUCUUCCAGGAAUAUCUGCAAAAGCCGUUAGUUAUUGGAAUUAUGGUAGAUGACGGAACGGUAAAGGUUCAUCCGCCAAUCGAAAGGGUGUUUAAAGAAUUCUGCAAGAAGUUGGAGGCAGCUGGGCACGAGCUCGUACCCUGGGAUACAUCUCUCAACGCUGACUGCAUCAAAAUCAUGGAUGAGCAUUACAUAGCUGAUGGAGGCGAGGAUAUUCGACGCGAUAUGGCUGCAGGGGGCGAGCCAUAUAUGCCCCAUGUCCAAAACUUGGUGGAUCGUGGCUCUGCGAUAUCAGUCUACGAAUAUUGGCAACUAAACAAGAGGAAGAAGGCUACACAAGCAGCCUAUAACACGAUGUGGAACGCGACGAAGUCGUCGUCUGGCAAGCCCGUUGACGUUCUCCUUGUGCCUACUAUGCCGCACACUGCAAUUCCGCACCGCACACUCCGGUAUCCCGGCUACACGAAGCUGUUUAACAUGCUCGACUACAGUGCGCUAUCUUUCCCAGCAGGUACGGCUUUGAAGGCUCUAGAUUCUGUCUGUACUGGGGAAUAUGAGCCUCGAAAUGCUGCUGAUGCUUGGAACUGGAGCUUGUACGACAUUGAGAAAAUGGACGGUUAUAGUGUUGGUCUACAGAUUCUCCGCGUCAGUCCAUCACGAGAGUCUAUCAGGGCCAAGAGUAGCGAGUUUACAAAAUCACUCAAGCACUACCUAAUCGAGCCUCUGAGCGUCCUUAUGCUUUUACGCUUGCCGCCAGUCUUUCUCACAGUAUUAAUCGCCAUUGCAUCUUGUUCCGUCUACAUCCUCAACAUUGCCAUCGAAUCCGGUUUUGCUGACUCCCCGUACAACUUCAACCAAACAACUGUAGGAUUGGCAUAUAUGAGCACCGGGAUAGGGUACAUUCUUUCGUCCAUGGCCGGUGGCCGCUGGAUGGAUUCCAUCAUGGCAAGGGAGGCUCGCAAGGUUGUCAGAUCUGAUUCGCACGGUAAACUUAUUUCCUUACCAGAAGACCACAUGAAGGAGAAUGCUUGGGUAGCCAAUACCUUGUAUCCUCUCUCAUCACUAUGGUUUGGAUGGACAAUGUACUACGGGGUGCAGUUCAUGGUACCUAUCAGCGCGCUUUUCGUCUUCGGUUUCACCUUGAUGCUUCACUUCACUCUCGGUACAACAAUGCUCACGGAGUUUGUGCGUAAACGUAGCUCUGCCGGCGUCACUGUCAACAACUUCGUUCGAAACAUCUUGAGCUGCGUCGGCACUAUAGUUGCCGCCCCAUGGAUGAAGGGUGUAGGCUUGCGCUACAUGAUGACAAAAUUAUGUAUUAUUUGCUUACUGUUGGGCUCCUUGGGGAUUUGGCUCAUUACUAGGAAUGCGCAAAGAUGGAGAGGGACACUGGAUAAGGCCCUAAAGGAGAUGGAUUGA